AUGAUUAAGCCAUGGCCAUUCAAAGCUUGGGCGUUGGAUGUAAUAGGGAAAAUUCAUCCGACGCCAUCAAAACAACAUUCAUUCAUUCUGGUAGCAACUGAUUAUUUCACCAAAUGGGUAGAGGCAGUCCCUUUGAAGAAUGCGACACAUAACGAGGUGAUUGAGUUCGUGCUUAAUCACAUCGUCUAUCGGUUUGGGAUUUCACACACUCUUACAACCGAUCAAGGGUUGAUGUUUACUGGGGAGAAAUUUGUUGAGUUUUUAGCCGAAUUUAACAUCAAAUUGCAUCACUCUUCACCAUAUUACCCACAGGCUAAUGGGUUGGUCGAAGCAGCAAAUAAGAUUGUCAUCGAAUUUGUUGUGUCUUCACCCAGAGUUACAACAGCAUGUAUUGAUGAGGCAUAUGCACAAAAGAUGUGGCAACAACUAGAGGAGGUGGACACAGAUCGUUUGAAUGCUUUGGAUCAAGUGGUUAGACAGAGCGAGAUUAGAGCAAAAUAUUAUGGAAAAAGAGUGUCCCCAAGGUUGUUUACAGAAGGAGAUUUGGUCUGGAAAACAAUUCUGCCUACGUAUAAGAAGGUGGACCAAUUAGGGAAAUGGUCCCCCAAUUGGGAAGGUCCUUUCAUCAUUCAUAAAGUGAUUGGGAAUGGAGAUUUUAUUAUCGUAAAUCAAGAAGGAAAGCUGGUACAUGAGAAUAUUAAUGCUAAGUAUCUGAAAAUGUGUUACCCUGCCUUUUUAGAACAUUGUCAUUAG